AUGCAAAGCUACUGGGUCGAUUUCAUCAAGAAUGGCAACCCUAAUGGCGAAGGAUUGACCUAUUGGCCACCCAGUAAGGGAAAUGCAACGACUAUGUGGCUUGGCGACUCUUGGGGAGCUGGAAAGGUUGCAGAGACUGCCCGAAUUGAUCUAAUCCGGAGCUGGUUCAGCCAGAAUGUCGAAUGUAAAAUUGACACAAUCGACUGGGCGGAUGGACCCUUCAACGGAAAAGCCGGCAGCCGGAGAUCGGGGGAUGCCGCCACAGCCACAUCCGACGUCCGACAGAGACUUAUCACAAUCGUAUUCGGACCGCGUCUAGGCAGCUUUACCUGGGCUGACUGGAACCCAUCCCUGGUCAAACUGUCCGACGCCAUGAACCCCGGCAACGCCACAGCAGACAACUUCGACCUCUCACCCUUCUACAACCGCGGCUCGAAACUCAUCCACUACCACGGCCUCGCGGACCCGUCCAUUGCCACCGGCAGCAGCGUCGACUUCUACAAGCAGGUUCAACGGACUUUGCAAAGCAAGGGCAUUGAUCUGGAUGACCUCUACAAGUUCUACUUGAUCCCGGGAAUGGAGCAUUGUGGAAGCACGCCGUCGAAUAUGGAGGCACCGUGGUAUAUUUGUGGUUCGUCGCAGGCGUCGAGUAUUGGAAGUGAAAGGUUGGCGAAUCAUUUUCAUGAGAGGAAGGGGUUUGAUGAUGGGAAGCAUGAUUCGUUGUUGGCUAUGAUUGGAUGUGUGGAGAACGGUACGGUGCCGGAUUAUUUGGUUGCUACUAAGUUUCAUGAUGAGAAUGAGUGGGAUUGUGUUGUUAAGUAG